AUGGAUCUGGAAGUAAUCAAGAUACUCCUUGUAGGCGACGAAAAAUGCGGCAAGACAACAUUUCUCUCCCGACUCAGUGCCGGCGAACAUAUCAAUCCAAUUCCUAUGCUUCGUGAUAUCGACCAGCCUUACAUAUUUGGCAUCAAGACAGGGGCAAAACAAUUCCAAUUCGAGUUCUUUGACACGUCGUGCCCCGAUAACUGGAAAACGCUGGACCCCGAUGCCAUCGUCAUUUGCUACGACAUCAGCCAGAGGUUGAGUCUCAUCAAUAUGCAAAGAUACUGGAUCGAUGAAGUUAAAAGAUCGUUUCAGCGGUUUGACACCCUACCACUAAUCAUCUUGGGUCUGAAGCGUGACCUGAGAUCAGAGGAUGAUCCAAACGGCAUCAUCUAUCCUCAAGAAGCAUAUCAGGUGGCGCAGGCUCUCAGGGCGGAUCGAUAUGUUGAAUGUUCGGCAGUGACGGGUGAAUUGCUGAAGCUGGCCUUCGAGGAUCUGUGCAAGACAGCAGUGACUCCAACAACAGGCGCCAAUAGCCAGAGCGCAAGCACAUGCGCCAUACUAUAA